AAGACAGCUGGCUUCCGAGCUGAAAGCAGCCCGGGGAGCAAGGAUCAAGCUGCUGCCUGGAGGCUCCCGCCCAGCCCUCUCUGCAGCCCUAGAAGAAGAAAAGUCCCUCUCUGCCCCACACUGUCCCCUUCCCCCUCUGCAGUCCUCCAGCCUGCUGGAGAAAGGCCUGAAGGUGCCGCUUCCACGGGGCUGGGCAGAAGCAGAGAGGAUUUCUUCCCGGUCCUGCAGAGAUGGCGGCUGCCCAGGACCUGUAUGACACCCCCGGGGACAGGCUGGACGCUUUCGUGAAGCACAGCCUUCAGCCCCAGGGGGACUGGAGGGACGAAGUGAAGGAUGCCUGGCAGAGGAUCGAGCAGUUCUUGAGGGAUCAGUGCUUCCGUGAUGAGCUGAUCCUGGACCAGGAGGUCAGGGUGCUGAAGGUGGUCAAGGGUGGCUCCACAGGGAAGGGGACGACGCUGAACUACAGCUCUGACCUGGACCUGGUUCUGUUUCUGAGCUGUUUCUCCAGUUUCUGGCAGCAGGCACUGGUCCGGGGAAUCAUCCUCAACUUCCUGGAGGAGAAACUGCUUCACUGCAGCAGAAGCCUGGCCUACAAAAUCACUGUGGCCCAGCACAGAGGAGGGACCAGAGCCCCUCGCUCCCUGUCCCUCCAGGUCCAGUCCAGGAAGAACAGUCCAGUCGUCAAGGUGGACUUGCUCCCGGCUUUCAAUGCUCUGGGAUCCUUUUGCCCGGACUCUAAACCAGCACCAGAAAUCUAUGAAAAUCUAAUCACCAGCGCCGGCCACCCUGGGAGUUUAUCAAGUUAAAAGCUUGCAGAAAGGCACUUUGUGAAAAGCUGUCCUGCCAAGCUGAAGAGCCUCCUGCAGCUGGUAAAGCACUGGUUCUGCAGGCGGUUGAGGCGGGGUGCCGGGUGCUUGAAACCUAAAUAUCCAAGAGUGGCAUUACCUCCCAAAUAUGCCCUGGAGCUGCUGACCAUCUAUGCCUGGGAAAUGGGUACAAACAAAAGUGAGAACUUUGAGAUGGAUGAAGGCUUUGUGGCUGUGAUGGAACUCCUCACAGAUUAUCAAGACAUCUGCAUAUACUGGACCAAGUACUAUGAUUUCCAAAAUGACGUUGUCAGAAACUUUAUCAAACAAAAGUUGAAGGAAUGCAGGCCCAUCAUCCUGGACCCAGCUGACCCCACCAACAACCUGGGAAGGCAAAAGAGAUGGGACCUGGUGGCCCAAGAGGCCGCUUACUGCCUGCGGCAGGCUUGCUGCAGGACUGUGGACCCCCACCAGGGCUGGGACGUGCAGCGAGCAAGGGACGUCCUGGUGACAGUGAAACAGACAGGGGAGGAGGCCUGGACGCUGUCGGUGAACCCCUACAGCCCCAUCUGGAAGAUGAAGACAGAGAUCAGGAGGAAGUGUGACUUCAGCGGGCAGCAGCGACUGUCUUUCCAGGAGCCGGGAGGGGAGCGACAGCUUCUCAGCAGUCAGCGGACCCUGGCGGAUUAUGGGAUCUUCUCAAAAGUGAGCAUCCGGGUGCUGAAGACCACCCCUCCUGAGAUCCAGGUCUUCGUGAAGGACUCCAGCGGCUGGAGCAAGCCUUUCGCCAUCCACCCCGACGACUCCAUCGGUGACUUGAAAGAGAAGAUCGAGGAGGCCGGAGGACCUCACGUGGAGGAUCAGAUACUGAAGUUCCAGGGUCGGAAACUGUGGGAUCGCCGCAGCCUGGCAGACCUGCAGAUCGAGGACUGUGACACCAUCAUGCUCAUUAAGAGGAGCUGAGAUUACGGGGACCGUGACAGGACAAGCAACCCGUAUUGGGUGCCUGUGGUCAGGUUGCCCAUGACGGUCCUAUGGUCCUGUUCCCCGCCCCUGCCCCUCUCUGCCCAGACAACUGUGCUCUUUCUGAAGCAUAAAUGUGAACAUACCCUCUCCCUUGCUUAAAGGCCUCUGAUGGCUCCCCAUUGCCCACAGAAUAGAGUUCAAGUUCCUUUGCUUGGCAUUCGGGAUCUUUGACUGUCUAGCCCUUGUUCAUCCCUCCGUCCGUUCCCUCUAUGUUUUCAUCUUUCAGUGCUCCACUUCCCAAGUCAUUGACUCCCAAAGCAUGGAUGUCAGACCAGCAGAGUCAGCAUUCCCUGGGAACUUCUUAGAUAGGAAAAUUCUCAGCAACAUUCCCAGACUUAACCUGAGUCACAUUCUCAGGUGGUGGGACCCAGACAUUUAUGUCUUACCAAGCCUCCCAAUAACUUCUGAUGCAUAUUGCAAAUCAUAUUAACAUUCUGAUGCACAUUGAAGUUUAAGAACCACUGCUCUAAGCCUCAUACAGCUGACCAAGUCACCUUCUGUCCCUACUCUCUCCCUACACCCACAUCAGGCUUCUGUGCAACACCUGGGACCCUCACUGUGUUCCUUCGCUGGGUCAUUUACCUCCCCAGCCUCAUGAGACUUGACAAAAACUAUGCCUUAUUCUUUGUCCCUAUGGUCCAGAAUGGCAGCUGCCUGGUGCAAAAGCUUGGCACUUGCCUGUUAAAUAAAGGAAUGAACCAA